GGGAAGCGAACGCGCGCUUUCUCCCGUUACCCUCGCCUGCGGGUAGGGCGGGGGAAAGCCGAGGCGCGCGCUCUCGAGCUGCGUGCUCGCGUACGUCGCCAGGGUUCAGCUGCGUCCGUCCCGCCGCCCGCCCGUUGCCGCCGUCGCCGCCGCCGCCGCCGCGUUCUCGCUUCUCCGGCCGCCACCUAAGGGGGGUCGGGGCCGGGGCCAGUCACCACUGCCUUUGCCGGGAUGCCGCGGGUGUACAUCGGCCGCCUGAGCUACCAGGCCCGGGAGCGCGAUGUGGAGCGCUUCUUUAAGGGCUACGGGAAGAUCCUGGAGGUGGAUCUGAAGAACGGGUAUGGUUUUGUGGAGUUUGAUGAUCUGCGUGAUGCAGAUGAUGCUGUUUAUGAACUCAAUGGCAAAGACCUUUGUGGUGAAAGAGUAAUUGUUGAGCAUGCCCGUGGCCCAAGGCGAGAUGGCAGUUACGGUUCUGGACGCAGUGGAUAUGGUUAUAGAAGAAGUGGCCGAGAUAAAUAUGGCCCUCCUACCCGCACAGAGUAUAGACUUAUUGUGGAGAAUUUGUCAAGUCGGUGCAGCUGGCAAGACCUAAAGGAUUAUAUGCGUCAGGCAGGAGAAGUAACAUAUGCAGAUGCUCACAAGGAACGCAAAAAUGAAGGGGUGAUUGAGUUUGUAUCUUACUCUGAUAUGAAAAGAGCUUUGGAAAAGUUGGAUGGAACUGAAGUUAAUGGCAGAAAAAUCAGAUUAGUUGAAGACAAGCCAGGCUCUAGACGGCGCCGGUCUUACUCCAGGAGUCGGAGUCAUUCAAGGUCCCGCUCUCGAAGUAGACAUUCCCGGAAGAGCAGAAGCCGAAGUGGCAGCAGCAAAAGCAGUCAUUCUAAGAGCCGGUCCCGAUCCAGGUCGGGCUCCCACUCCCGGAGCAAGAGCCGCAGCCGCAGCCAGAGCCGUAGUCGCAAGAAGGAAAAAAGCAGGAGCGUCAGCAAAGACAAGAGUCGUAGCCGCAGCCGCAGUGUGAACAAGAGGCGCAGCAAAAGUAAAGACCACGCUGAAGACAAGAUCCAGAACAACGACAGCACUGGCAAACCCAAGAGCCGCAGUCCCAGCCGGCACAAAAGUAAGAGUAAAAGCAGGAGCCGGAGUCAGGAGAGGAGAGGAGAGGAAGGGAAGCAUAUGAGCAGGAGCGGAAGCAAGGAGAAAAGCCGCAGUCAGGAAAAGAGCCUUCUCAAGAGCCGCAGCCGCAGUCGGAGCAAAGGCGGCAGCCGCAGCCGCUCCCGCAGCAAGAGCAAGGACAAGAGGAAGGGCAGGAAGAGGAGCCGGGAGGAGAGCCGCAGCCGCUCCCGCUCCCGCAGCAAGAGUGAGCGGAGCAGGAAGCGCAGCAGCAAGCGAGACAGCAAAGGGAGCAGCAGCAAGAAGAAGAAGAAGGAAGACACUGACCGCUCACAGUCCAGGUCGCCUUCCCGCUCUGUGUCUAAAGAGCGAGAACACAGCAAGUCCGAAUCUGGUCAGAGGGAAGGCCGUGGGGAGAGUGAGAAUGCUGGGCCUAAGCCUGAGGCCCGGUCCCGGUCAAGGUCUAAUUCCAAAUCAAAACCAAACCUCCCGUCAGAAUCGCGCUCCAGAUCAAAGUCAGCAUCAAAAACCCGGUCUCGAUCCAAGUCCCAAUCCAGGUCUGCUUCGAGAUCAGCAUCCAGGUCUAGGUCUAGGUCCCACUCGAGAUCCUAACUGGCUACAACCAGCUGGAACUACCCGAGGAGUCUUUUGUACAUGUUUGGUAGCUGUAGCACAGGUGAUUGAAGUAGAACCAACGUCACUGCUGUACAUUUUUAACCCCCCCCAAUGGUGUGUCUAUAAUUGUUAAAUCUAAGUGCUUCCUCUCAGUAAAGCCUCCUGGCACCAGGCCUUCCUGCUUGACUGAAAAAAAUCUAUGAACAACCCCCUUUACUCAUGGCCCACAGUAGAGUAUCCAGAAUGCCUUGGCUCCCAAGCCUGGACUGGCCUCCGGGCGCUUGGAACCUGGGUGGCUUUCAGGCUGGUCUGGCAAUGGCAUAGGUAGGUAUGGUGAGUUCAACCAUUUUGCCCUUGGAUUGACGCCCUGUGAUGUAUGCCAUUAGUGAAAGUGCUAAGUCUUCAGUUUCCUACCACUUUGGUUUCAUACUUUUGGACUUAACGAAGUUGUGAAUAGCACAGUUGAGGAAAAUUGACACCUGCAGUAACCAUAGGAAAUAAACUGUAGAGUUCCAUAUUCUGGUAUUGUGAUUAUAUUGUUUUAUAUUGAAAAGAAAAGAAAAGAAUUUUUUUUAAUUUUAUUUUUCCCCGUCUUGCAAAGUAUAGUGGCCCCUGUUUCCAUUAAAUUUGAAUAAAGACUA